AAAAUAUUUUUUGCAAAUCGCAAAGUUUAUUUAAAUCAACAACAAAACGAAACAGGCGCGGCCACAAAUUCCGCUGCUACUUGCCCGGAAACGUCCACAGUAUUUCCCAUUCUUCGCGAGCGGCGGGUGGCGGAUAAAAACGGUGAAAAUGAGACCGCUUUGAAGUGGAAAUUCCAAGUCGAUUGCCGCACGACGACGUCAUCGCCAGUCACAAACACACACACACACACACACACACGCGCCGAGACACCGAAACACCAACACAACGACACUAAAGGUGCUCACAGAGAAUUCAUUGAGAUUGUUGUAAAUUAUGAAAGCAAUUUAUCAACUGAACCCCGAGCUGGAAACUGGAAAUCGAAGGAAGAGCGACAAAAGCGAAGGAAGAAGAACAGCGACUUGAGCUACGGGAGCGGAAGAGAUAAACGCGCCUCGAUCGGCAGCAGAUACACAAGAGAGCGAGAGAGAGAGAGUUGUGCCCAUGUACUUGUUGCUGGAUAGUUGACCUUUGGGAGCGCCAUAAUUUAAAUCUCGAGUGUUUUUGUAAAGCAGUAUGGACACCCGCAUCGAACUGGAGCUCCAGCCGGUUGGCAAGGAGCAGGAGCAGGAGCAGAAGCAGCCGGAACAGAAGCAACAUGAGGAUGACACUAAGCCCCAGGAAACGCAGGAGACUGAGGAUAACCAUCUCCAACAAAAAAAGAGCCUGCUAACGCCCGUUAAGAUCAUAAAUGCCUCGAAUCAGUCACCAAGUGGCAACUCCAUUCAAGACCUGGAGGGCACACCGCGGACGCCUAGAACGCCGCCCCCGAUGAAUAUGCAGCCGGGAACAUCCCGUCAGCUCUUCAGGGACGCCGCUCUAGCCCACGGUGCCCAGGAAUCCACAGCUCUGCUGCAGCAUGAACUAAACAAUAUUGCCGCCACCCAGACGCCGGUCUCGAAGCUCCGUAGUGCCAGCUCCACGCUGGAUGCCAGUAUUUCACGAAAUCCCUCCACCACCGGGGGCAAGCAUGAGAAAAAGAUCGGACACCGGCGAGUGGCCGAGGGUGGCGAGGUGACCUACAAGAAGAUCCAGUCCAAGCAGAUUAUGGGCUCCAUACAGCUGGGCAUCCAGCAUACGGUGGGCAGUCUGGCCAGCAAACCGAAGAGGGAUCUGCUGAUGAAUGACUUUUGGGAAAUGGAGACCAUAUCGUUUCCGCCAGAUGGUUCCUCGAUUACACCAGCUCAUCACUACAGCGAUUUCCGGUUCAAGGUGUAUGCGCCCAUUGCCUUUCGUUACUUCCGGGAUCUGUUUGGAAUCGCACCCGAUGACUUCCUCAUGUCCAUGUGUGCCUCACCGCUGAGAGAGCUCUCGAAUCCAGGCGCUUCUGGAUCGAUAUUUUAUCUGACAGACGAUGACGAGUUUAUCAUCAAAACGGUGCAGAAAAAGGAGUGCGAAUUUCUGCAGAAACUGCUGCCCGGUUACUACAUGAACCUCUCGCAGAAUCCCCGAACCCUGCUGCCCAAGUUCUUUGGACUCUAUUGCUUUCAUUACAACUCGAAGAAUGUGCGAUUGGUGGCGAUGAACAAUCUGCUGCCAUCGGACAUCAAGAUGCAUGCCAAGUACGACCUGAAGGGCUCAUCAUUUCGCCGCAAGGCCUCCAAGGCGGAGCGACAGAAGGCUAGUCCCACGUUCAAGGAUCUCGACUUUGCCGAGCACCAUCCGAACGGCAUUUUCCUGGAGACGGACAAGUACAAUGCACUGAUGCGCACCAUACAGCGGGACUGCAUGGUGCUGGAGAGCUUCCAGAUCAUGGAUUACUCACUGCUGGUGGGCAUUCACAAUUUGGACCUGGCCGCCAAGGAAAAGCGGGAGGAGCGCAUUCUAAAUGCACGAGCCAAGCUGCAGCGCAAGGAGAGCGCCACCCAGGGACCCUCAUCCCUAAACCCCGAUGACGAUGCCCCGGAGGCGGAUCAAAAUCAACUCCAUACGGUGGCCUCAUACGCCUCCAUUCCGAGCACAUCUGCUGGGACAGGGGGAACGGCAUUGAAUCGCACUCGCAGUAUGAAUCGUCAGCGUUUGGUGGCUCAUUCCACAGCCCUGGAAUCGAUUACAGCUGACAUGGAUGUACCUCUGGAGGAGGACGAGGAUGUGCCCUCGGGCGGUAUACCCGCACGAUCGGAGAAUGACGAAAGGUUGAUCCUAUACAUUGGCAUUAUCGAUAUCCUGCAGUCAUAUCGCUUGGAAAAGAAGCUGGAGCACACGUUCAAGAGUAUCCUGUACAAUGGGGACACUGUGUCCGUUUGCCGUCCCUCGUUCUAUGCUAAGCGCUUCCAAGAUGCCAUGGCCAAGCAGGUGUUCAAGAAGACGCCCACAUUUCCAUUGAAACAUUCCCCCUCCAAGCGCAAGACCUCAGCCACUCAACUGUUGCGCUCGCCAGCCUCGCGUCUGCCACCGCUGAGUACUCCGACCGGUGGACGGCAACCGGUCCUGACCAUGCUCUCCGGCAUGUCGACACCACCGCCGGCCUUCGACGACAUCUCCGAGGAGGAUAUUACGGCAACCUCCACAACGACGCUGCAGCGUCAGCAAAGACAGAACGGCAAUAGCCAAUCGAACAACAAUAUCCAUGGGGAGAUGGAGGGUGCACCAGGUGCAGCAGGUGGUAGCAGCACAACCGGUGGCAGCGGGGAACCUAGCAGCACCUAUCAUACCCAGUACUCCUACGAUGGUUCCAUACGGACGGGCAGUGCCCUGACCAGCGACUUUAGCGAUGAUGAGUCGACGGGACCGGGAUUGAGUGGCUCCCGUUCGCCGCUGAAUCGUGCCCAUCACAGUGUCCAGGUGACGACGGGCUAUGUGGAGCAGAUACUCCAAGCGCCGCAGGACGAGGCAGAGCAGGUGCAUGCAGAUGUCAACGGCAAGGUCACGUUGACAACCAGCACAAUGACGACCACAAAGACGGCUCACAUUCAGGGACCCAGCUACACAUCCACGCUCGUGCUCAACGACCUGCCGCGCUGAGACUGGAAGCGGGACUGGCAUUGGGUGUACAUGGUCCUUCAGCAAGGAUCCACAUAUAUGUACAGCUUUCGGGUAUGUGUGUGGGUGGGGGGGCUUGUAAGGUGUAAGAGCGCCAGUCUCCCCAUCUCGAAACAAAACAAAAAAAAAAAAGAAAGAAAUGGAAA